GCUGACAAAUCACGAAAUGUGAUGCAAACUACCCGCAAGAAUGCAAAGCUGAAGCUGGCGUCCGAUUUGUGACUUUUCAAAAAUAACUGAAAGGUUUUCUGGACUCUCUCCAUAAAUCUAGUCCAAGUUUGACAAGUUUAACUAAAACAGGUUUUGAUCCAGAACUAGAUUUCUCUGUUUUAAUGCUGCCUACACAGGGAAAACCAGCCAAUCAUCCUUUUUUUUUAUUUGUUAAAAACAACCUUAAGGCUGUAAAUAUGAUUCCUAGAACAUGUUUGACCAUUUAAAGUGGAGCAGAGAAUCAACAGAUUUUCCUCUGUGAACCUGUGAACUGGAAGUCAGCCUGAGCUAGGGAUUUCAGACGGAUAAUGACAAGACACAAACAGCCCCCAAAUCACAUAAUCGACUGUACUGUCACAUUGCUUUUAUCAGUCCCACCUUCAUCUGGCUAAACAUUUGGACUCUGACGGUUUUAUAGUCCUUUUCCGCCCUUUUAUAGCGUCCGGGUGGCACAGUCCUAAAGUGAUAUCAGGCUCCUCCUUGGCGAUGCCUGAUUUACAGGCAGACGAUGAUGAUAUUUCUGGAGCUUGCCGGCCGAUUGGUCUAAGGAUCCCGCAUUUCCAUAAACAGGAGCUCCAUAUCCAUGUCCAAGCCCUCAUAUAUAAACACCCCAGGGAUGAUUUCUUCCCACUGCCCCUGGCCACUGCUGCCUUCCUCUUCUGUCUCGUCCUAGGUUGUGAAGAAAAGAAUCCACCAACAUGUCUGAAAAAAAGAUGACCUCGAGCCGCAAGCAUCAUCUGAAGAGUUUGAUGCUGUCGAUCGCGGCGAACUGGAUUGAACAGGAGAAAAAGGACCUCAUCGUCGCCAAGGCAGCCUACAUGGCAGAACAUUGCCCCGCCCCCUCCCUGAGCGGCGACCAGGCAGCCCUCAUGGAAACCUGCAAAAAGCUGCACUCCCUCCUCGACAAAGUGGAUGAAGAGAGGUACGACCUGGAGGUCAAAGUGGGCAAGGCUAAUAAAGAGAUUGAAGACCUGAAGAUCAAAGUGGUCGAUCUGGCCGGAGUGAAGAAACCCGCUCUGAAGAGAGUGCGUAUGUCCGCUGACGCCAUGCUGAAAGCUCUGCUCGGCUCCAAACACACGGUCAACAUGGACCUGAGGGCCAACCUGAAGCAGGUCAAGAAGGAGGUGAAAGAGGAGUCUACAGAGACGGUGGGCGACUGGCGUAAGAACAUUGAGGACAAGGCUGACAGGAAGAAGAUGUUCGAGACCGCCUAAAGGAAUUUAACUCCACUGCUGUAGUUUCUCUGGGCUGUUGGGACUUUUUAUGGAAUUUUUCGUUGAAUUGAAAUACGUUUACUUUCAUUAAAUUUGUCACAUUCA